CCCACAUUGUUUCCCCAAACUACCCUCACUCACGCACACUCUCUCCUCCUGCUCUCUCAUUUUUCUCUCUCUUCUCUAUCUCUCUCAUCUUCUUUCAUGGAGAACCAGACAUGCCAUGGCCACGAACAGCCAGCGACCUCUGGGAGAAGAAGCUUGAAGAGAAAGCUAGAGGAAGACUUUGAAGAAGGUCGCAAGAUCGUGUCUCUUUCUCUCGACGGUCACCAAGAUCUCGUUCGCGAGGUUCGUGAUCAGGUGGAGAUUCUAGAGUCUACUUUCUCUUCGAUUGAAGCAGAUCGGGCCUCCGCCAAGCGCGCUAUUCAUAUUCUCUCUGAACUCGCCAAAAACGAGGAAAUCGUGAAUGUGAUUGUUGAUUGCGGAGCAGUUCCGUCGCUUGUGCGGCAUCUUCAGGCACCUCCGCCUGUGAGAGAAGGAGACAGUGGUCCGAAGCCGUACGAGCAUGAGAUUGAGAAAGGAAGCGCCUUCACACUAGGACUUCUCGGCAUUAAACCAGAGCAUCAACAAACCAUAGUUGAUGCUGGAGCCCUGCCACACCUCGUGGAUUUGCUAAAGAGGGACAGGGAUGGCCAAAACUCUCGAGCAAUUAAUGCUGUCAUAAGGAGAGCAGCUGAUGCAAUUACUAACCUUGCUCAUGAGAAUAGCAUCAUUAAGACUCGUGUUAGGGUUGAAGGCGGUAUCCCUCCCCUUGUUGAAUUGCUGGAGUUCAUUGAUACAAAGGUGCAGAAAGCAGCUGCAGGGGCCCUGCGAACUCUUGCCUUUAAAAAUGAUGAAAACAAAAAUCAGAUUGUGGAAUGCAAUGCUCUACCUACUCUUGUCCUGAUGCUUCGAUCUGAGGAUGCUGCUAUACACUAUGAAGCGGUUGGUGUAAUUGGGAAUCUUGUCCACUCAUCCCCGAACAUUAAGAAAGAAGUUCUUGUUGCUGGAGCUCUACAACCUGUCAUUGGAUUACUUAGUUCCUGCUGUUCAGAGAGCCAAAGGGAAGCUGCUCUGCUACUUGGGCAAUUUGCUGCCACAGAUUCAGAUUGCAAGGUGCACAUUGUCCAAAGAGGUGCUGUGCCGCCAUUGAUUGAGAUGCUUCAGUCACCAGAUGCUCAGCUAAGGGAAAUGUCAGCUUUUGCACUGGGGAGGUUGGCACAGGAUACACACAACCAAGCUGGUAUUGCCCAUAGUGGUGGUAUAACUCCACUACUGAAGCUUCUUGAUUCCAAACAUGGAUCCCUGCAACAUAAUGCUGCUUUUGCUCUUUAUGGUCUUGCAGAUAAUGAGGAUAAUGUUGCAGACCUUAUCAGGGUUGGAGGUGUUCAGAAACUUCAGGAUGGAGAGUUCAUUGUGCAACCAACUAAAGAUUGUGUAGCGAAGACAUUGAAAAGAUUAGAGGAGAAGAUUCAUGGAAGAGUAUUGAGCCAUUUGUUGUACAUGAUGCGGGUUGCAGAGAAAGUUGUUCAAAGACGAGUUGCUUUGGCUCUCGCUCAUCUUUGUUUGCCUGAUGAUCAGAAAACAGUUUUUAUUGAUAGCAAUGGACUAGAUUUGCUUUUGGAGCUUCUGGAAUCAACAAACUUGAAGCACCAACAAGAUGGUUCAGUAGCUUUGCACAAGUUGGCAAACAAAGUGAGCUCACUUUCUCCUGUGGAUGCAGCUCCUCCAUCCCCAAUUCCUCAGGUGUAUUUGGGUGAGCAGUAUGUGAACAAUCCCACUCUAUCUGAUGUCACAUUUUUAAUAGAAGGCAAACGGUUCUACGCUCACAGAAUCUGUCUGCUUGCUUCUUCUGAUGCAUUCAGGGCUAUGUUUGAUGGUGGUUACAGGGAGAAGGAUGCCAAAGAUAUUGAGAUUCCAAAUAUCAGAUGGGAUGUUUUUGAUUUGAUGAUGAGAUACAUAUACACAGGAUCAGUAGAUGUCAAUUUGGACAUUUCACAAGAUCUUCUGAGAGCUGCUGAUCAGUAUCUUUUAGAGGGGCUUAAGCGUCUUUGCGAAUAUGCCAUUUCACGAGAUAUUACGGUGGAAAAUGUUUCGCUUGUGUAUGAGUUAUCAGAGGCCUUUAAUGCCAUGUCAUUAAAGCAUGCAUGCAUUCUGUUCAUAUUGGAGAAGUUUGACAAAUUAAGUGCUAUGCCAUGGUACUCCCAUUUGAUCCAACGGAUUUUACCAGAGACGCGCAAUUAUUUUGUACGGACACUUACAAGGCCUGACUUGCGGGUGUAG